AGCCUGUAUGACCGCGUUUUGCAAAAUUGUGUCAAAAUGUAAAAUGCAAGUGAAAAUACUAUGAAUCUACUUCCUGGAUCUCUCCUGAGGUGGAACGGUGUGGUUUGGUGACGGGCAACCAGGUUUCAACCACCCCACACCCUCUCCUACACAAGGGAAUCUGCAGACGCCGGAAAUCCAGAACAAUAUGCUGCAGAAACUCAGCAAGUCGGGCAGCACCUAUGGAGGGGAAUAAAGAGUGAACGUGUGAGAUGGACAAUUUCAUUCAUCAGUAGCGGGCCCUCUCUCUCUCCUACGGUCUGGGUAAGGCAGACUGCAGCAGCUCCUGCCCCCGUCGGCCCGAAAGCCGGGAAGCCGGCGGAGGCUCCGCCCCGGUUUCUCACCCAUUGGGCUGCGGGAAAGGAGGAACCCACCCCCGUGUUCCUCUCCAGUGCCUCAGCGACUCACAUAAUCCAGCCGGCCGGUCCGUGCGAAGAGGAAAAGAGGGACGCGGCCCAUUGCGGGUUGAUGCCACGGGGCGUGCGGCUGCCCACGGGGAAUGUCUCGGCGUGGCGGCGUGUGACAGGUCCGGGGCUGGUCGGCUUCGGGACUCUUUGUGAGCCGGUCGGUGGGGCAGUGAAGGGCGGCGGAUCCCCGGCUUCGGCGCUGCGGGGCUGACUGUAUUUGCCGGAGCGCUGUACGGUAGUACCAUGGCCGAAUCGUUACCCCUCUGCGCCCGCCUGUCCUACGCGGUCGGGCACUUUCUCAAUGACCUGUGCGCGUCCAUGUGGUUCACCUACCUGCUGGUGUUCUACCACUCGGUGCUGGCCAUCAACAACUACAACGCGGGCAUCCUCCUGCUGAUCGGGCAGAUAGCGGACGGCUUCUGUACCCCGCUCAUCGGCUACGAGUCCGACCGCACUCGGGGCUGCGGGCACUACGGCAAGAGGAAGACGUGGCAUCUUGUGGGUAGUGUCUGUGUCAUUCUGUGUUUUCCAUUCAUUUUCAACCCUCCUGUGGGCAGCAGUGAAGAUAUCCCCCAGUGGGUUGAGCUCAUUUACUUCACGCCGUUCAUCAUUAUCUUCCAGUUUGGAUGGGCUUCGGUGCAGAUCUCUCAUCUGUCCUUGAUACCGGAGCUUGUCACCAACAAACACGAGCGGGUGGAACUCACUGCUUCCAGAUAUGCUUUCACAGUUGUGGCCAACAUCGCUGUAUAUGGGAUCGCAUGGUUGCUGUUCCACUUUCAAGCUGGAGUUGUUGAGGACAGUCUUGGCAAGGAGGACAUUCCGCUGUUCAGGACCCUGGCGCUGGUUGUUGUUGGAAUUGGCUUUGUGUCUUCAGUGCUUUUCCACGUUGGAACACGGGAGAAGAUGAAAAAUGAAGACGAGGAGGUUGCUGCAGAACAUACACCACUCAUCAAUGGUUCGCGGAAAUCCCCGAGCCAGCCACUGCUCCGGUGGAAACAUUGGCUGAAGGAGUUGUCUUUCUAUCAUGUGGCCUUUCUGUAUAUGUGCACUCGACUUAUCGUCAACCUCUCUCAAGUCUACAUUGCAAUGUACCUAACCUACACUCUAAAUCUUCCGAAGAAAUACAUUGCCAUGAUCCCCCUGGUGAUGUACGUCAGCGGAUUUCUAUCCUCACUCCUCAUGAAGCCUGUGAAUAAACUUAUUGGCAGAAACAUGACCUACUUUGUGGGGCUGGUGCUGAUCUUGGCGUUCGCUUAUUGGGUCUGGUUUUUCCGGAUCAAGAGUAGUGUAUUCGGGGCCGCCGUCCUCCUCGGCUGUGGAUCUGCCACCAUUUUGGUGACUUCCCUCUCCAUGACGGCUGAUCUGAUAGGAGAACACACUCAAAGUGGGGCCUUUGUCUAUGGAUCCAUGAGUUUCACUGAUAAAGUAGCCAAUGGACUUGGUGUGCUCAUUAUUCAGAGCCUUCAUCCUUGCAAGACCCAGAGCUGCUGUGAACAGUGUAGCCCAUUCUAUCACUUAGUCAUGGUGUUAGUGACCGGCUGCAUCGGCUGUGUGGCGCUCAUUUUAUUGGGAGCCACUCGAAUCUGGCCAAUUAAGAUCAGGAACCGGCAAGAAGAUAAUUGUGUUCAAAGCCAGAAUCGGAUUGACAACUCGUAGAUUUGUAGUAGAUUUCAAUCCUCUAUAUAACGUGAAUUCACUAAACAGAGGAGUACAAGUGCAACAGAUGAACCUAAAAGGCACAUCUACUUUAAUGUCUUUAACUUGCUAAACUAAAUGCAUUUUUAAACUUAAAGAUCAAAAUAUUAAAUUGUAACAGGGACCUAACCUUGGUGUCAGUAUCAGCUCAUGGGUCAAAUUUAAAAUAGAAUUGGUUUUCUAUCUGCUUGGGUUUCUCAAAAUGCUUCACAGCCAAAGGGCAUCAUGAGUGUGCAGAGAGCAAGAAGAAAGUCAACAGAUUAUUCUUGGGUCCAUCGUCCCUACUGGGGCCUAGACUGCCGACAGUCCUCUGUCCUGGGCUGAAAGAAGGUUGAUCGGCCCUGUGGCUUCCACCUUCACCACACGACUUCAUUCGUCUCCUAAACAAAGAUCCUCCCUCUCCCAGAGAUGAGGUCUUUGGAGCCUCUGUUGGCGUACCUGUAGCUCUGGGUUUUUUAUGGGAUGGGGCUGCUAGUCCUGUGCCCCACCCUCCUCCUCUAGCACCCGGGUUUGGAACGGUCCAUAGCGAAGUUCAGUGGACAGAUGUUGAGGGAGGACAUUGGUAAAACACAAGCAGGGAUAGGCCUUUGAGCCUGCACUGCGGUGCAAUCAGACCACGGGGGCUUGGACUCCGCUCUACCUCCCCGGCUCUUUUCCCGUACCUCUUAUCAUUCUUGUGGACUAAAACGCUGAUGUGACCUUGAAUGUAGCAGACUAAAACCAGCAGCUUGAGAAGAUUUGUAUCUGAGAGAUCAGCAGAACACCAAUAGUUUCAAAAUGUGCAUGCAGUAUACAACCCUCAGAUUCGUCUUCCCACAGACAGCCAUGGAACACAUUCAAAGAUGAAUAUCAACCCCUCUCCAACAUGCAAAAAAAAGCCCAAGUUACACAAUCAGCAAAAAUAAAACGAGUGGAAAAGCGCAGAAUAUAAAACACCAAUCCACAAACACAUCAGAAGACUCUAGGCACAUUCAGCUCAGUUCAAUCUAGCACUGUGUCAUUUGUUAUCUCCAGGUCGCCUUCGCACAGUCACAACAAAAAAGAGAGCCACAUCAUAACGUGAACUACACAGUCUAAUCCACAGUAGUUACUCUAGCUGGAUUGAACAUCCAGGGAAAUAGAUCUCCAUAACUUGCUGGUCUUUUACCUGAAUUUUCUUCUGGACAACUGAAGUAUUCUGCUAUCUGGAUUGAACAAUAGUUACCCAAUAUCUUGCUCCAAGAGCAAGAUUUCUCCUGGGAAAUGUUAAUGAUUCAAAAAAAAAAGUCUGGUGGGAAGGGAAACUGAUUAUUUACCCAUUUAGUUUCAGAAUUUGUGGGAUCUAAGCUGGUUGUAUCCAAGAUGGCUGCUGAAGUUCUGUUUCAUAGCAACAAAACCAUGAUGGUCUGUGAAACAUUUUGAGGUGCCCAAGAUCGUGAAUUAUUCUAUAAAUAAAUACAAAUCCUCUCCUCCUCAUCCUUAGUCAAGUUGUUCAGAAUACAACAUGAUCCCUGAAUUUGCCUUUGCAAUUCACUUAAUCUGAGAUAAAUAUAACUGUAUAAAUGAUUUUCUAUAAGCUAACAUAAACUGUAAAAACAAAAACAAUCUGUAUUUGUACCUUGAUUAAUCUGAUGUGCUGUUUGUAAUGGGAAUGACAUGCGACACUAAUACUUGUUAAUAUGCAUUUUUUUAUGUUUCUUUGAAGCUAUCUUUUAGAUGCUUCUAAAAAUUUCCAAAGGUGGCCAUUUUAAUAAUGAGCUGUCUUGUUAAGCAAUAAUUUUUUUUGUGUGGAACGCAAUGAGCAAGAAUAAGCCAGUUCUGCCAUUCAGUCAGAUCCGUGCUUCACACGUGAUUGAUUGAUCUGAUUUCUAACUUCAACUCCACAUUCCUGUCCACCACCAGCAGCCAUUCCUUCCAUUCCCCACCCCAAAUCUACCUCUGGCGUUUUAAAAAAUCAUUCAAAGAUCCUGUUUCCACCGCCCUUUGAUGAAGAGUUGUAAAGAUUCUUAACCCUUUCUGAGAAAAGAAAAUUAUACCUCAUAAACGCGAGAUUCUGCAGGUGCUGGAAAUCCUGAGCAACGCACACAAACUCAGCAAGCCGGGCAGCAUCUAUGGAGAGGGGUAGACAUUCGGUGUUUCAGGCCAAGCCCCUCCAUCAGGACUGGAAAGGAAGGGUACAGAAGCCAGAAUAAGUAGGUGGGGGAAGGAAGGGAGCACAAGCUGGCAGGGGAUAGGUGAGACCAGGUGAGCAGGAAGGUAGGUGCGUGGGGAAGGGGAUGAAGUGAGAAGCUGGGAGGGGAUUUGUUGGAAGAGGUAAGGGGCUGUAGAAGGAGCAAUGAGAUCGGAGAGGAGAGUGGAAACCUGAUAAGAGAGGAGCAGUAGUUUUCCACUGAGGGUGGGUGGGACUACAACUAGAGGCCAUAGGUCAAGGAUGAAAGGUGAAAAGUUUAAGCACGAGGGGGAGCUUCUUCACUCAGAGGGUGCAAGAGUAUGGAACGAGCUGCCAGUGCAAGUGGUGCAUGCAAGCUCAAUUUUGACAUUUAAGCAAAGUUUGGAUAGGUACGUGGAUGGUAAGGUUAUGAAGGGCUAUGGUACGGGUGUGUAGGUUGAUGGGGGUAAGCAGUUUAAAUAGCAUGGCCGAGAUGGGCUGAAGGGCCUGUUUCAGUGCUGUACUUUUCUAUGACUAUAAAUUUUUGCUUCGUUUGUCUUAAAUGGGCAAUGUCUUUAAAACUAUGGCUUCUAGUCCUAUUUUCUCCUCAAAGAGGGAAAUAUCCUCUCCACAUUCACCCUUAACAUCAAAAUGGCUGCCUUUGGGUUUCAUUAACUUCUUUGUCACUUUUACUCAAAUCAUUGCACGCUUUUCUGUUUUAUUAUUUAAGCACUACCAUUUUGUUUUCGGCAUAAGUCAUUUCAGUUCCAUUGCAAAUUGCCCAAAGCUGAGUUAUUAAGCUAAAUGGUUGUAGUCUUGUAAAAAAUUAAAGUUAAAUGAAUAUAUAUAAAAUGCUGCUAAAUAUUUUUUGUGAAGAAAAGCUAAAUCUCAGUGGUUGAACUAUGCACAAGUAAAGUAAAAAUCUAUUAUUAAUUCCUGUGUGAAUAAACUUAAUCUCAAGCAGUAUAUUUUUCUCAAAUCUACAAUAUUGUAUAUCUUAAUGUGGGAAAUAUUGUGUAUUAUGUAACACUACACAAAUUUUAAAUAAUUACUAAGUAUUCAUUAAUAUGCUAGUAAAAUAUUCAAAGAACAAAGUUGAUAAAUGUCAGUCUUUAAAAACUUUUAUGUACUAUUUAAUGUAAUUUCAUCAUGGCAAGAUUUAUACAGAAAAUACUCAAAUAAAUGCACAUAAACAGUGUUUUAACAGUAUAUUAAAAUCUGCAUAAUUUAUUCCAUCAUUGUAAAUUGAGCACAAUGUUAAAUCUAAUUUACAGGGUAUUCUGAAAAGUCUUAUUUUAUCGAUGGCUUAUUGCAGCAGUUUACAUGGACACUUUGGCAUGAAAUUCAAUCACCUUGUUUACAAGAACACAAUUACUUUUCAAGUUCCUGGAAGCGCCUUUGCAAAUUGUAUGGUUAAGUAUUGGAUGUUAAACUGACACAGUGCUACAGAGGCAGGAAAUCUAAACUAGAAACAGAAAGUCCUGAGAUGCGAGUAUUUCCAGGAUUUGUGCGUUUGGCGUUUUCGACAAGCUUGUGGUAAUCCUACCAAAUGUUGAAUGUUCUGCCUGGGGAGUCGACGUCCCAACAGCAUUAACUUGGAGUUCUCCAGUUUUGGUUAACCUGUCCUCAUAUCUACUCAAGUCUUCUUGUACAUCCCCUUCUUUUCAAACUACCCCUGUUCCUUUCCCAUUGCCAAUCUACUCCAUAUCUGCACGGCCCACACCUGCUUAUUCCACUUUACUCCCUGUCCUCGUCAACUCCCUUAUUUGGUUCAACUCUUCACCUUCUUUUCUUAUCAAAUUCCAGUAUCGACAGCCCCAGGUGAGGACUGGUGUGUCUUUUCCUGACUUCCCUUUCUUGCAGCCCACAAUCAUUUCCUCGGUCUUACUGAUGCUGAGUUCCAUGCUGGUUGUUGUUGUGGAACAGCCCAACCAGCUGAUUGAUCUCACUCCUGUUCUAGUCAUCAUAAAGAUUCUGCUGAUAAGUAAUUUAUAGAUCACUUAUUUCUUGUACUUUAUCAAACUCAAGCACCUGAAUUACAAAAUACCACGGUCUACUUCUAAGUUUAAAAUUGGAAAUGUAAGUGUCGCGGUCUUGAUUUAUUUGUUAACCUGUGCCCU